AUGGAUGCCACCACAGAGGCUGUAAUCUACCACAAGCUGCAACUCUGGGAGCCUGGCAUGGAGUCGGAGGAGGAGGAGGAAGAAAUAGCAGAGCCACUGGUCCUCUCCCUAAGGAGAUCCCAAAAUAUCCCCCGGAACAAGGUUGGUGGGCUGCCAGGAGCCUGGGCCCGCCUGCUUGCAAGCCUGCUGCUGCUAGCUGUUAGCAGCUCCCUGGCUCUGAGGCAGCUGCACAAUAGGGACAGUCCAAAAGGAAACCUGGGCUCUGCAGCCCCUCCAGCCAGCCGACACUCCCAUAACCCUGGUGUGUACCACCAUGGAGCCAUUAUCAGCCCUGCAGCCACGUGUUCUCAGCUGGGUCAAGAGCUACUUGUCGAUGGGGGGAACGUCGUGGAUGCUGGAGUUGGAGCAGCUUUGUGUCUGGCAGUAGUACAUCCUCAUGCAACAGGGCUAGGUGCCAUGUUCUGGGGCCUCUUCUACAACAGCUCCUCGGGAAAUGCAACUGCCCUGACAGCAGGCCCAGCCCGAACCCUGGCUCCUGGCCUGGGGCUGCCCACAGCACUGCCUGCCCUUUAUUUGCUUCACACACACUUCGGCCACCUGCCCUGGCCACACCUCCUGGCCAAGCCUGCCAUGCUGGCUCAAAACGGCUUUGAGGUAGAUGCACCCCUGGCAAAUGCACUAGCAGCCCAGGGCACAAAGGGGCUCUGUCCACUCUUCUGCCAUACCAACGGGACUCUACUGGGUCUUGGGGCUCAAGCCACCAACCCCAGCCUGGCAUCUGUGUUGCACCGGGCGGCCCUGGCCUCCAGUCCAGAUCUUGCUGGGGAUGCCUUGCUGAGUCUGCUGGUCAGAGACCUGGGGCUAGAAGAGGCCCCUACUCAGCCCGUGCCCUCCCUAGAGCCUGCACUGCAGCUUUCCAUGCCACAGGGUGUCCUCUUUACUACUCCUGGUCCCUCAGCUGGCCCAGAACUUCUGGAACUGCUGGAGUCCGCCCUUCACUCCAGGACACCCAGUCCUACUUCCUGUCUAUCUCUCCUGCAAACGGCCAUGACCUCAGUGGAUAGCGCCCUCGCCACCGUGGACAGCAGUGGUUCUAUGCUCCUUCUAACCUCUUCAAUCAACAGCUCCUUUGGUUCUGGACACCUGUCCCCAAGCACUGGUGUUCUGCUCAGCAACCUGGUGGCCAGAUCUGAACCCAGUGCCUGGGCCUGCCCACUCAUUCUCCGUGGUAGCCUGGAUGACACAGAAGCCGAUAUGUUGGGGCUACUGGCUUCAGGGACACUCAGUGGGGCCAAAGCAAUGACUUGCACCUUGCUCAAUCAUCUGGCAGCACCCCAAAUCCCUCAAGCUCAACAAAGAUCCACAGAAAGGCCUGGAGUCUGUGGUCAAGGGAACCUACUCCAGGUUGUAGUUCAUGCAGAACAUGCCCAUGUCUCCAGUGUCCCCAGUGGCUGCUGCCCCUUCCAGGGGUAUUAACAGAAGGACAGAGUCUGGAGAGGGCAGAGUUGUUUGGAACCUGAGUGCCAAAACAGAUGAGGCCUAGCAGCAAUGAGUGUAUAAAGAGAAUGUACCCGUGAUGGGUUCGAUGCUCCAUCAGCCCGUCCUCCAGCGUGUUCUGUCACCUGGAUCUAGCUCUGGCAUCCAGGGCUAGUCCACCCAUGUUUCCUAGUACCCACACUGAUGGAAUUGUUCAGGGUUUUCUAUCAGAUAAGGACCUAGAGGAUGAUGGAAAAGAGACUGAGUGCAACUCACCUUCAGGAAAGUCCAGUGGAGGGUUGUCAGCCCCUGGCUGUCUUUGGGCAGGGUGGACAGCACCAUCUUCCAUUGGACCAUUCCCUGCUGAUCUUUAUCAGUUGGGAUGGAAACGUAUAAAGUCCAACUCUCCCAGGAACCAAGUGCCAUUCCUGUGUUUUGGUUAACUUUCCCAUUACCCUUUGAGAUCUCUAAUGCCAAGGCAGCAUCCACCAUGUGCAACGCAAAUGAUGAAUGGCAGACGCAGGUGGAGCCUGGACUGGUGUCUUUCAACUUUCCCCUGCUCCACCCACCCUCUGCCUCCUGGGGAUCCACCUGUGCAAGGUAAAUCUUAUUCCACUCGUAGAACAGAAGGCAGAGCAGAGAAGGGUUGGGACAGUGAGUGAGAGGUGCUGCUCGUUACAAAAGGGCUGAAACCGGUUUGGCCAUGACCUUCCCUCUAGGAUUGAGAUCUCUGGGCUAUAACCCUCUAGAAAUAGCUCCUCAGGCCAAGGGCAACGACAGCCAAUAGACUUCCCCUACCUGACAAAGUAAAGGGCAAUUCUGAUGUAAUGUUUUGAGGGUUUAAUUUUUUAAUUAAAUAUUUUUUUAUUUUA